UCUUCCUCGGUCGUGUAGGUGUGCCUAGCUUCAGCAAUGGCAUUCUUGACAAAUCUCAUACUACUGCCACUUCUCUUGCUCGCCAACUUCUCUCCUACACCUUCACUGUGCUAUGUUAGUCCAUAUGCUGCAAGGGUACAUCAGAGUGCUACACAAACAUCUGCUUACCACACUUACAUUGUGCUCGUUGAGCCACCUCCCCCAGGUGUCGACGAAGAGGGGCAUCGUCGGUGGUACGAAACUUUCUUGCCGAGCUCACACAUCGGUGAAUCUGGGGAGCCACGUCUCCUCCACUCCUACACCGAGGUGUUUAGUGGCUUCACGGCGAAGCUCACGGAGGCUGAGCUCGAUGUGGUCGCCAAGAAUCCCAGGUUUGUGCGCGCGUUCCCAGACCAAACGCUGCAACUCAUGACCACACACACACCGGAGUUUCUCGGACUGAAGAAUGGCACCGGAUUUUGGAGCGAUGCAGGCUACGGGAAGGGAGUGAUUGUCGGUCUACUCGACACCGGGAUCUAUGCAUCACACCCUUCGUUCGACGAUCAUGGUGUCCCACCACCCCCGAUGAAGUGGAAGGGCUCAUGCAAGGCGGUCAGGUGCAACAACAAGCUCAUCGGUGCCAAAUCAGUUGUUGGAGAUGAUGGCUCGUACGAUUACGACGGGCAUGGAACACACACCUCAUCCAUUGCCACCGGGAACUUCGUCACCGGUGCGUCAGACCAUGGAGUGGGCACGGGCACUGCUUCUGGAAUUGCUCCAGGUGCCCACAUCGCCAUGUACAAGGUGUGCACCAAUAGGGGCUGCAAAGUAUCCAUCAUAAUGGCCGGCAUGGACGCGGCCAUCAAGGAUGGGGUGGACGUGCUCUCGCUGUCUCUCGGUAGCCGAACCACUGUCAGCUUCAUAAAUGACCCCAUCGCCAUCGGUGCAUUCAGCGCAAUAUCCAAGGGCAUCAUUGUGGUGUGUGCGGCUGGCAACAGAGGUCCCACUCCACGAUCGAUCACAAACGAUGCGCCGUGGUUGCUCACGGUUGCUGCCGGCUCGGUGGACCGGAGAUUCGACGCUGGCGUGCAUCUCGGCAACGGCAAGCGCAUCGACGGGGAAGCACUUACCAAGGUGACAAAGCCAACCUCAAACCCGUACCCUCUCCUCUACUCCGAGGAACAUCGUUUCUGCCAGAAUGAGGAUCACGGUUUCGUUGCUGGGAAAGUAAUUGUUUGCCAGGCCACGACACCAGCGAAUCAGUAUUCUGACAUUGCGAGGCUAAUGGCUGCCGGUGCGGCUGGCGUGGUGCUUUUCAAUAAUCAAGCCGCCGGCUACACCAUUGCUCUUCAUGACUACAAGGCGGGGGUGGUGCAGGUGACCUCUGCCGAUGGCAUCACCAUUGCAGCUUACGCGAAGUCAGCAACGAACGGUGCCGUGGCAACUUUCACAUACAACAACACAGUGUUGGGUGUUCGUCCGAGCCCGGUCGUUGCGUCAUUCUCUUCCAGGGGUCCAAGCUAUAUCGCCCCCGGCGUGCUCAAGCCAGACAUUCUUGCGCCCGGGCUCAACAUCCUUGCGGCAUGGCCAGGACCUUCUUUCAAAAUCAUAUCAGGUACGUCCAUGGCAACGCCACAUGUCAGCGGUGUUGCGGCUCUUAUCAAAAGCUUGCAUCCUGACUGGUCACCGGCUGCCAUCAAGUCGGCCAUCUUGACAACCUCGGACGUUGUCAACAACAUCGGCGACUCGAUCUUGAACGAGAGGCAUGGUAAAGCCAGUGCCUACGAUAGAGGUGCCGGCCAUGUGAACCCCGCGAGAGCCGCCGACCCUGGUCUGGUGUACGACCUCGGCGCGACUGACUAUGCAGGCUACAUCUGCUGGCUCUUCGGCGACGAAGGCUUGCGGACCAUUGUACGCAACUCGAGCUUGACAUGCGUGAAGCUGCCCAAGGUCAAGGACGUUCAGCUCAACUACCCUACUCUAACUGUGCCGUUAGCAUCAACGCCUUUCACCGUGACCCGGGCAGUGACGAACGUCGGGCCGGCACAUUCUACUUACGCCGUCAAGGUAGACUCACCAAGCUCUAUGAAAGUGUGUGUCUCCCCAAAGACACUAGUGUUCUCCAAGGCUGGAGAAAAGAAGACGUUCAGCGUGACAGUGAUCUGCCAAGGCGUGGGUGCAUCGGAAACCUUUGUGGAGGGAAGCUUGAGCUGGGUGUCGAAGAAGCAUGUUGUGCGUAGUCCCAUUGUCGCCGUCCGUGGAGCAGGAGAUCAUGCUCCCGCUCCAUCACCAUGAACGAUGUCCAUGCCCUGAGAUUUCAGGCUUAGUGUUUUUUUGUGUCAGAUCAAACAUGGCAAUGGAAUAAGAUU